GGGACUCUUGGAGGCGGAAGCGCUCGCUCCGGUCAUGUUUCUUGGCGCUCUCUGGUUGCUGCUGCUCCUGCCGCUGCGCCCCCCGGGAGCGCAGGGCCAGGAGGCCGACGAGCCCACCCCUUGGCCGAGCGUCAAAGGCCUGAAGGAGCAGCUGAGGAAGGCCGGUGCCCUCUCCAAACGGUACUGGGAGCUUUUCAGCUGCACCUUGUGGCCCGAUCACUGUGAAGACCAGGAGACCCCCGUGCCGCCUCUGGGCUGGAGCCUUCCUCUGUGGGGCCGGCGGUCGCUGGAUGUGCUCACUGCAUGGCUCUGUCGCUUUCAGGACUGCUGCAGCGGCGGCGGCGAUUGCAGGAUCUCCAACAACUUGACAGGCUUAGAAUCAGACUUGCGUGUACGACUGCACGGCCAGCAUCUCGCUAGCAAGCUGGUCCUAAGAGCAGUGAAGGGCUACUUAGAGAUGCCCCAAGUAGGCAAGGCCCUGGCUCUGUCAUUCCACGGCUGGUCUGGCACAGGCAAGAACUUCUUGGCACGGAUACUGAUGGACAACCUGUAUCGGGACGGCAUGAGGAGUGACUGUGUCAAGAUGUUUAUUUCUACCUUCCACUUUCCACACCCCAAGUAUGUGGACACGUACAAGGAAGAGUUGCAGAGGCAGAUGCAGGAGACGCAGUGGCGCUGCCACCAGAGCACGUUCGUCUUUGACGAAGCGGAGAAGCUGCACCCGGGGCUGCUGGAGCUGCUUGAACCCUACCUGGAACCGAGGAGCCCUGAGGCCCGUGGAGUUGAGGCGCCCCGAGCCAUCUUCCUUUUUCUCAGCAACCUCGGAGGCAGUGUCAUCAAUGAGGUAGUCCUGAGUUUGCUUAAGGCUGGAUGGUCCAGGGAGGAAAUUACGACGCAGCACUUGGAGGUGCCCCUUCAGGCUGAGAUCAUGGAGGCUGCAGACAGCAGCUUUGGCUCCAGCGGUCUCCUGAAGAAACACCUUAUUGACCACUUUAUCCCCUUCCUGCCACUGGAGUACUGCCAUGUGAGGCUGUGCGUCCGAGAUGCCUUCCUGGGCCAGGAUCUCCCAUACACAGAAGAGACCCUGGAUGAAAUCGCCAAGAUGAUGACAUAUGUCCCUGAGGAAGAGCGGCUUUUCUCCUCUCAGGGCUGCAAAUCCAUUUCCCAGAGAAUCAACCUCUUCCUGCCUUGAAAGUGACUCCUGUGCACCCUAAACAAUCCUCCUCCACAAGAGACAGCCAUCUGCCAGGUGCCCUGGCGUCCAGCAAUCACUGCUUUCAGCUGGUGUGCAAGAGGCAGUUCCUAACAGAGGCAGUUUCUAAAAACCACUUGGUGCCUUAAAAACCUACAUUCUAGACAAUCUAGACUGAGGGUCAGGAAGCCAGUGGAACGGAAGGUCCAAGUACCAAAGGAUCCUCAGAACACUCCCUACAGUCUCCUGGCACCGUAGCUCUUCCUGGAAGGCAGCUGGAGUUCAUAUGAGCCUGAGGCUCUAGGAUCUUUGGGCUACAGAACAAGGAAUAUGUGUGGACUAGAGGCGUGUGGUCCAGGUCUGCAGGUCUGGCUGGCUUUCCUUGCUUUCCGGCAACGUGGGGGAGAGGGGCAGCUUCUGCAUGUGAGACCAGCAAAGGGCCUUAGGCUAAAGGACAAACUGAAGCUUUCAAAACAGGAUGGGUGUGGCCCAGCACUGUAGUAGGCUAAUAUGGGAGAGAGAGCUAAAGAAACCUGAGCUGCCUCGUUUGAGCAGCCUGCCAGGCUUGACCAAAACUCAUGUGUAUGGAUAGCUAAGGCAUGUUCUGUUGUGCAGACUGAAAACUUUUUAAAGAGGCCUCGUCAUGUGUAAUUAAAUCUUGUAUUUUUCUAACAUCCUUUCUUACUGAGACCUGGUCCUUGCACUGCCCUGGCAGGCUGGCACAGCACGUGCUGGUCUCAGGCUACUUUAGAGCUUCUUACUAAACUCCUCUGACUCAGCCCUCGAACACACGUGUUCUCCGCUCCAGCUCGGACAAGUGGUUCCUGAGGCUGAUGUGGCGAGGCAGGUCAGUACCACCUGUCUUUAGAAUACCAUGGGCCAUUCUUUUCUGGUCCCUUCACACUUUUUAAACAUACAGGUCUUUGUGUUUUCUCAGAAUUUCCCCCUCUUAUUCAAAGUCCUGCUCAGCACUCUCACCUUUAGUUCUUGUAAAAAUGGACCAUUUCUGCAACCCCCACUUACCAGUACAUGUGUACUCACUCACCUGCCUUAAGGCUAGGGACCACCUAGCCCAGCCAUAUUCAAAUAACUGAAAUAAAGGAGUGUGGUUUGGAAGUGGGAUCUCAAUUAGCAAAGGCAGUCACAAAGUUCAAAAGCUUAGGAGUUCUGCUGCCACAAACCCCAGGGACAGAAAUUUAACAAUUAAGGUUUCUUAUAAAGCAAGACCACAUGGUAAUUAAUAAGCAUAAAAUGCCCAAUGAGACUUAGAUUCUUGUUCAAGCCAGGUGCUUCCAUGCUGUCCUUGAAUAUUCAGGAGGACAGAGCGGGAUGGGCACAAAGUGAGAACCAAGUGAACUGUAACAGGAAUACUAGUGAAUCCCUCCCAUCCAAGAGCCAGACACACCGUUCUCCCUCUCGACAGGGGAUGCUGGAGCGCUGAGCAGGUCUUACCUGAUCUAACAGAACUGAAAUCCGAGAAUACCCUGUGGUCACGAGUAUUAUAGGUAGGAAAGCAGAGCAGGGAUUAUAAGCAGAAACUUACAGUUCCAGAACAACCAGCAGGUCAGUGGUUAGAGUGAAAUGGAAAAAUCUUAAUUUUGUGAGGCAAAGCCCAUGAGGAAAACAGCUCUGAGAAACUGCAACACACACACACAUCUCAGACAGGCACUGUGCCCAAAGGACUAGAAAAACACUAAACUCCAAAUUAGUAUAAUAACGAGCACUACAGUGGUGAAAAAGCUCCAUGACUCAAGCACUCCGAAGACUGAGGCAGGAGGCUGUCUAGUGAAUUUGAGACUGGCUAGGGAUAUACAGCAAGACUGUCCCUGUCUUUUUGAGACAGUGUCUCACACAGCUAAAAAUGGUCUUGAACUCAGUACGUAACCCUGAAGUGACUUUGCUUUUUCAUCUUUCAAGUGCUAUAAUUACAGGCAUGUGCCAGUACACCUGGCUUUAUCUGGUGCUGGGCUCAGAUCCUGGGCUUCUUGCUAGGCAAGGACUUUACUGAUGCCCAGCCCCAAGACCCUGUUUCUAAGAAUGACACUGGACUGGACAAUAAAAACAAGGUCAGUGCAA